AUGUCCGAAAGUGGUGACUUGAGACCAGAAAACGCUCCUAGCGUUGAAAAUGGCGAAAAAACCAGCAUUGUAGCUCCAAAAACGGCUUCAAACGGUGACGUUGAUGUGCAUGCCAAAGCUGGUGGAAAGGUCAAUGAAAAUGGACCGAGAGACGCAUCUGUUGCUGACGACGAGCAAGAAACGGGCGGGCUAAAAAGAUCUCAUGAAAGCUCCGCUGCUGCAGAAGCAACUAACAGUCGAGGUCAAACACCUUCUGAAUCUGCUGAACAGCUUGGAACAGACAAUGCAGAUGAUGGUACCAUUGAGGGACAGAAAAAAGAAGAUGCUAACGAACAAGAUGAAGAUGAUGGCGACGACGAUGACGAUGACGACGAAGAUGACGACGAGGCAGGUCCCAGAAAAAAGCAGCGUCAAGAACGGAAUCGAUUUCUCGACAUUGAAGCUGAAGUGAGUGAUGAUGACGAGGACGAAGAAGAUGAAGAGGAAUCAGAGCUUGUGCGCGAAGGUUUCAUCACACGUGGUGACGAAGAAGAAGAGGAUGAAGCCGCUGGGCCUGAACGUGGCGAUCGCCUGCAUCGUCAGCUAGAUCAAAAUUUGAACAAAAGCUCAGAGGAGGAUGCUCAAAAACUGGCAAAAGAACUGAGGGAGCGUUACGGUAGAAGCAGCUCUAAGCAGUAUAGGGCUGCAGCUCAAGACGGAUACGUUCCUCAAAGAUUUCUUCUUCCAAGUGUGGACACUGCCACCAUUUGGGGUGUUAGAUGUAGGCCUGGCAGAGAAAAAGAUAUCGUCAGAAAGCUGCUCAAGAAAAAGUUCAAUUUGGAUAAAUCGAUGGGGAACAAAAAGCUUAAAAUCCUGUCCAUUUUCCAAAGAGAUAACUAUACCGGAAGAAUCUACAUUGAGGCUCCCAAACAGUCGGUCAUCGAGAAAUUCACAGCUGGUGUUCCAGAUAUCUAUCCAUCACAAAAACUUCUGAUUCCCGUGCAGGAACUACCAUUACUUUUGAAACCUGAUAAGUCUGACGACGUUAGGUUAGAAGAAGGAAGUUACGUGAGAAUAAAGAGAGGAAUCUACAAAGGCGAUCUCGCAGUCGUCGAUCAAAUCAGUGAAAAUAAUCUAGAGGUGCUCCUUAAAGUUGUUCCACGUUUGGAUUACGGUAAGAAUGACGAGGUAGAUGCUGAUACCAACACGCGAAAACAGAAGCGGCCGACAUUUGCACAGCGGCCUCCUCCUCAGCUUUUCAACCCUACUAUGGCUUUAAGAAUGGAUCAAGCAAAUCUUUACAAAAGAGACGACAGACAUUUCACCUACAGAAACGACGAUUACGUUGAUGGUUAUCUUUUCAAGUCUUUCAGGAUCCAAUAUCUCGAAACUAAGAGUAUUCAACCUUCUGUGGAAGAGCUUGCAAGGUUUGGCAGCAAAGAAGGUGAACUAGAUUUAACGACCAUCUCACAAACGAUAAGAAAAGCACAGGCGGCAAGAGUUACAUUUCAAAUUGGUGACAGAGUUGAAAUAUUGGGAGGUGAACAGAAAGGAUCCAAGGGUUUUGUCACCAGAACUUCUACAGAUAUCAUUGCUGUUAACCUACCGCAACUGGGGAUGAAGGCAUUGGAAUUCCCAAUUUCCUCAUUGCGGAAAAUUUUCGAGGCGGGUGAUCAUGUAACCGUUGUCGGAGGUGACCACCAAGGUGACGCUGGUUUAGUGCUUGCUGUGAAAAGUGGUCAAGUCACUUUCGUGUCAGAUCAAACCAGAGCAAAUCUUACAAUCUCAGCUAACAAUUUAAGCAAAUCCAUGGAUUCCACUCCAACUUCUAGCGAGUAUGCCUUACAUGACAUUGUGGAACUCAGUGCUAAAAACGUUGCAUGUGUCAUUCAAGCAGGUCAUGAUAUUUUCAAGAUUCUCGACGAUACCGGAAAGGUGUCGACGAUAACGAAGGGCUCCAUUUUGAAUAAAAUCAACACUCAGCGUUCGAGACUUACAACCGUGGACAAUAAGGGCAGUGAAAUCAAGAUUGGCGACACCGUAGUAGAAAAAGUGGGUGCACGCAGAGAAGGUCAAGUGUUGUACAUCCAAACGCAGCAAAUUUUCAUUGUCUCAAAGAAAAUCAAUGAUAAUGCCGGUGUUUUUGUUGUUAAUCCAAUGAACGUUGAAGCUGUGGCAUCAAAAGAUAAUGUCAUAGCAGGAGUAGGGACAAUGGACUUAUCCAGAAUGAACCCGGACGUCGUGUCUAAAAUGCGUCCGCCCCAGCAGUCUGGAGAACAAACGCGAGUGGGCCGUGACGUUGCAUUGGGUAAAACUGUUAGAGUCCGUUCAGCUGGCUAUAAAGGGCAGCUAGGUAUUGUUCGGGACGUUAGCGGUGACAAAGCAACAAUAGAACUACACUCUAAGAGUAAGCACAUCACUGUAGAUAAGAGAAAGCUGAUGUUCUACAACAAAGAAGGUGGAGAAGGUAUUACCUAUGACGAUCUAGUUAACAGGCGUGGUAGAACUCCAAGCAACAGAAUUGGACCAAGUUAUGUUAGCGCGCCCAGAACCAUGGCUACCGGUGGUGCUCCUGUUGGAGCUGGACGUCCCGGCGCUGCUGGCGUAUCCGGAGGAAUGACACCUGGCUGGAAUACAUUCGAUGGUGGUAAAACGCCUGCUGUGAACUCGGGAGGUGCUGGCGGUGCUUCUGCCUGGGGCGGUGCUUCAACCUGGGGUGGCCAGGGCGGUUCUUCGACUUGGGGUGGCGGCCAAGGUGGUAGUGGCGGUGGUGGUGGAGCUUCUGCAUGGGGUGGCGCCGGUGCUACCUCGACGUGGGGAGGUGCAUCUACCUGGGGCAAUAAAUCCAGCUGGGGUGGAGCUUCCACUUGGGCUUCUGGAGGAGAAAACGGUGCUCAAUCUACUUGGGGUGGAGAUAAAUCCACACACGGGGCCGGUUCUACUUGGGGCGGUCGUGAUGGUGGUGCCUCUACUUGGGGUGGAGGCACUGCACGAGAGGGAGGAAACUCUACUUGGGGUAAAGAUGCCAGUGGUAACAAAUCUGCCUGGGGAGAUCAGGGCAACGCCUCAUCCUACGGUGGAGGAAGUACUUGGGGCGGUCGCUAG